UAAGUCAAUCUAUAAAACAUCGAAGCUCAUAAUUUUUCGAGCAAGUUGACCAGAAGUGACCAGAACUGCCCUGAUUUGAUUUUUGCUUGCUUGUUUGACCAUGACAAUGGACCAAGAAAAGAAGAUUACGGUGGUUCACUGCUGGACGGCUCCUCGUUCUCGUUCCACGGCAUUGCUGUACUCAUUUGAAGCUCGAGGAAAGAACUGCGUGGCGAUUGAUGAACCCUUGAAGCGAGAAUGGCUGAUUUCCAAGGGCAAUCAAGUGCAGCGACCUUACCAGAUCAACAUGAUUGAAGGAGUGCCCCCCAAUGACAGACCUGAAGAAGAGCUUCUAUGGAAACGAGAAACACUCUCGUUGGGCGAACGCAUUCACGCGGCUGCGCAAAAGUUGAUGGCCAAUGACAAGGCCAAUGACACUGACAACGAAGACCCCCCUCUCAUUUUCAUCAAGCACAUGAGCAAGACACACUUUCUAUACGACUUUGAAAACGACGUCCACGUGGAAUCUAUUCCAGGAGUGCACUUCGUCCACAAGCACAUGUUCCUCAUUCGAGAUCCCGUUGCCAUUCUUCGAAGUUGGGAUGUCUUGUCUGGAGUUCAUCACGAGUCCUGUUCCACGGAGGAUGUCGGUAUUGUCCCCCUCGUGUCCAUUUACACGGCCCUCCGUCUUCGUCUCGGCUUGGAGGUUCCCGUCACCAUUAUGGACUCGGACAAACUUGUGGCCGAUCCACCCGGAGUACUCCUUGCGGUCUGCAAGGAACUCGGAGUCCCUUACAAGCCAAGCAUGAUGACAUGGAAGGCAGGACCUCACCAGUGCGAUUCUCGUCAUGCUCCUUGGUGGUACGUAAAUGCUCUUGCGUCCACUGGUUGGAAGAUUCCGGAUCCAAACGCACCCAACAAGAAGGAAACACCCGUCAAACCCUUGAAUCAAAAGCUGCUUCCCGCACUCAAGGACUCGUUCCCUGCCUAUGAGAUUUUGCUUCGGUGUUGUGCUGCCAGGGGAGAAAGCGCCAACCACAGCAUGGAAAACUAAAUUAGCUGCCAUGGCUGGCUAGAAGAGGAACUUUCGAGGGAUACGGUAGUACCGCUGGUAUUUCGUAACUGACUGAUUGGUUGCCAGCUUGAAUCAAUGUGUAGAUCCAUUUUUAGAAAAAUUCUCCACGUGGGAAUGCCC